UCACCUUGGAGAGGAGAUUGGAGGACCCAGAGGGCACAGUACAAUGUGGAGGUCAUCAGGGCACAGUACAAUGUGGAGGACAUCGGGGCACAGUACAAUGUGGAGGACAUCGGGGCACAGUACAAUGUGGAGGACAUCGGGGCACAGUACAAUGUGGAGGACAUCGGGGACACAGUACAAUGUGGAGGACAUCGGGGCACAGUACAAUGCGGAGGUCAUCGGGGCACAGUACAAUGUGGAGGUCAUCAGGGCACAGUACAAUGAGGAGGUCAUCAGGGCACAGUACAAUGUGGAAGUCAUCAGGGCACAGUACAAUGUGGAGGUCAUC